CGCCAGCCUAGAAUUACAUUUUUUUAAGAAAGAAAAAAAAAGACAAGGGGAAUUAGGGAAGAUUUAACAGUAGAGUUCUGCCCAGCACUUCUCCCUUCUGUGGCAAAGCCCUCUGUCCUCAUUCCGGUCUUGAGUUCAUGUGGGACUCCAGUGUCCUUACAGAGUUAAUAUCCAUUUUGUGCCACAAUUAGAGCCGGGAAUGCCUCUCACCACCUCCCGCUCGGGUCUUGUUUUAUGGAACCAACACACAAUCAUAAAAUGGUAAACCACAUAAAGCCUAGAUAAAUUGGUAGAAUUAGAAACCCUGCAGUAGAUUCUUGGAUCGGCCUUCUAACCUCCUUUUCAGCCCUCUAGCUGCAGAAAGUGGAAAGCCAGUAGUGUUAUUUCCCAGAAUCCCAUGCUGUUGGCAUUCUGAAUGUGAAUUGGGUUCUGCCAACAAGAAACAUACCUUUGCUGAGAAAUUCGCCUUCUGACGCACAGAAAUGAGGGAGUCUUCUAAGAAGUAGAGUGGGAAACUGUAAGGCUCAGAGGCAGCAGAAGUGGGGAGCAGCCGUGGUAACUGGGGGACUUCAGGCUGUGCUCGUUUUCCCUCUACCCACCUCUCCCUUUGUUCAGAGAGAACAGUCAAGUGGCUGUCCUCAGAGCACAACAGAAAGACUCUCAAAGGGACUGGUUAAUGGCUAACUCAUGGCAUUAGAGCUGGACAGAGAACAGGCAAUGUGCCAGCCAACUCCCCAGUGGACACUGGACACAAUGAUGCCAGGGUGGUUCCCUCCCUAUUUCUUCCCUCAGGAAGGAUCCUCAGCCUGCAAACUUGAUCCCUUUGUGCACCCUGAAGGGAAAACUCCUCACUCCAUACUUUCCUAUCUGUUCAUCAAUCCAGGUAAAUCUCACCCUCAUAUUCCUGACUGGAAAAAAAAAUCUGAACUAUAUGAAAUGUCCAAACAAUUUGGACAAAACUUGAGUAGGUAGAAUUCAAGCAUUUGGCAAUAACGUCCCAACCGAUCUUUCCACCUGUGUGACAAUCCACUCUGAAGCCCACUGCACAGUCCCUGGAGUUCAGACACCCUUGUUUACAUCUCUGCAGACGGGCCCAGCAUCUUCACAGGCCUAGAACUUUGCCUCCUCCCACCUGCUCUGAACCCAGGGAAAUGGCUUCCCUGUUCUCAAGAGGUGUCCGCUGUGUCUUCUGCCUCUCAGGUCUAUUUUUGCGUCUCUUUCCCCUCAGAUGUGCUUCUGUUGUCCUGCUUUUCUAAGUCCUACCCCUUCAAUUUGCAUCUCCAAGGCUGUUCUCUCCACAGAGCUUUUCUUGAGCAGACAGGGCUGAGCUUAGGGCCUGGCUCUUAGUAAGCAUGGAACAGUUGUGGAAUGAAUGACUCCUCCAAACGCCCAUGGUUUUUCUUUCCCUGAACCCCUCCCUCCCUUUGUGCUUCUUUUUGGAGCCUCAUACCCUCCUGCUUGGGCUGUUGUCUAAUCCCCAACCGACUGGAAGCUUCCUGAGGGCUGAGGGUGUGUUUCUGGCCUAAACUGCUCUGGGUCUGCUCAGGACUAGGGGAUUUCCUGGGUCAGAACCUGUCUUGCUAAAACCUGAAAGGUCUUAGGCAACCCACAACACAUUGACCUCCCAGGUCCUGACCACCAGGGAUUCCAUGGAUUAUUAAGAGAAACUGGGUUGUAGAGUUCCUGUGUGGGCCUGGUGAUAGCCUCUGGAGUGCAUCCUUCCACACGUCUGUCUGCCUCAGGCAGGCCUGGGUCCAGGGAUGUGGCUUUUCCACUGAGGGAGAACUCCACAUGGUCCAGGAAUAAAAUGAAGACUUCAAACCAAGAUAAAUUUCCUACCUGAAAGACAAAGUAAACCCUGAAAUAGGGAGGCUUAAGAUACUCCGAGAAAUCACCAAAGGGGUUUUGGGAAACGGCAGAAAACAGAGGGUGUUUUUGUUUGUUUGUUUGUUUUUUAAUGAUUUAUUUAUUUGAAAGAGUGACACCAGGAGAGGGAGGGAGAGAGCAAGCGAGAGAAAGAGCGCAAGAGAUCAAUUCUCCAUCCACUGUCAAAUCCCCAAAUGCCUGCAACAGCUAGGGCUGGGCCAGGCCAAUACCAGGAACCAAAAAUACCAUCCAGGUUUUCACAUGGGCAGCACGGGCCAAAGAGCCUGGGCCAUCUUCCACUGCCCUCCCAGGCACACCAGCAGGAAGCUGGAUCAGAAGCAGAGCAGCUGGGACUCCAAUGGUGUCAAAAGUGGUGGCCCAACCCACUGUACAACACCCACUCCCAGAGUUCUUUUUUUAAAAAUUGACUUCUAAAAAAGAUUUUUUAUUUGUUUGAAAGGCAGAGUUACAGAGAGAGAAGGAGAGAGAGAAAAGUCUUCCAUCAGCUGAUUCACUCCCCAGAUGGCCACAACACACCAAAGCCAGGAGCCAGGAGCUUCAUCUAGGUCUCUCACAUGAGUGACAGGAACCCAAGGACUUGGACCAUCUUCUGCUGCUUUCCCAGGUGCAUUAGCAGGGAGCUGAAUCAGAAGUGGAGUAGCUGGGACUUGAACUGGCAAGAUUUCUUUUAUUUAUUUGAAAGAGUGACAGAGAGAGGUAGAGACAGAGAGAGAGGUCUUCCAUCUGCUGAUUCACUCCCCAGAUGGCCACAAAGGCCAGAGCUGCACUGAUCAGAAGCCAGGAACCAGGAGAUUCUUCAGGUCUCCCACGUGGGUGCAGGGGCCCAAGGACUUAGGCCAUCUUUUACUGCUUUCCCAGGCCAUAGCAGAGAGCUGGAUCGGAAAAGGAGCAGCCGAGACUUGAACUGGCACCCAUGUGCGAUGCAGGCACUUCAGGCCAGGGCUUUAACCUGCUGUGCCACAGCGCCGGCCCCAGAGAAUUCUUUUUUUCUUUUUCUUUUUUUAAAUGGAUCCUGCAACAGCUACUUUUCUUCCUGUCUGUGAGUCCAUGAGCCUCAGUUUCCAAUCUGCAAGACUGGGGGUGAGAAUGUUGUCCUUGCAGGACUAUUGAGAGAGUUUAGUGAGAGAAGAUAUGUGUAUGUACCAAGUCCAAUGCCUGGUGCCUGGAGAUGCUAAGACCCCAAUCAUGCUCCUCUUCCCUGAUUCCUAGUUCUGUGUCCCCAUUCCCUCUGCUUGAACUUCUUUCUUACUCCCUUCCCAUCUCCCUCAAAACUUCCUGUUUUCCGCUUCUUUCUCCCUCAUAUAUUUUCCACUUACAAAAAAAAAUAAUAAUAAUUAAUGAGAAAUGAGGCCAGGGGCAGGCCUUGAGUUUAGUGUUUAAGAAGCCAGUAAAGACACUUGCAUCCCACAUCAGAGUACCUGAGUUCCACGCCUGGCUGCAUUAUCCUGCUGAUGCAGACCUUGGGAGAGAGCGGUGCUGGCUCAACUAAUUGGGCUGCUGCCACUCAUAUGGGAGACCUGGAUUGAGCUCCCAGAUUCCAACUUUGGCCCAGCCCAGUCCUGGCCAUCUAUUGUGGAUAUUUUGGGAGUGAACCAGUGGAUGGAAGCUCUUCUGCCUAACUCUUUUUUCCUCUCUCCCUCUCUCUUGCUAUCUCUCAAAUAUUUUUUUAAAAGGACACCAAAAAUUAAAGUAUAAAAUCUAGAAAAAUCACGAAGUAUGCAAGGUUUUUGUUGCAGUUUGGUGUGUUUAAAUGCCUCCUUUGUUUUUCUUGUCCAUAACUUCUCUGAAGAGUUAGGAUUUGGGGUUUGCAGAGCUGAAGUGACAAUGAAAUGUGGAAUGUUCUCCUUAAUCUCGAGCCCAUGGAGUAAAGUUCUGGCAUAGUUUCAGAGGAUUGCUUGUUUUAAAGGAGCUGGUUCUCCUCCGUUUAUGCCUGGUCUCUGUUGUGCUUGAGCAAGCUAAACAGACAAGUAAUAGACCUCCCUAGAACACACUGAUUAGAUAAGCCAAUGAGAACCACUGAAGACUGACAUUAGAUUAAAAAAUAGAAAACAAGUGUUACUCUUACAGUGUCUAUGAAUAGACAAAGACUUUUUGGUUCCACAGUGGUUGGUAAGGCAAUAGAGGAGGGGCUAUGUUAAUAGCAGAGGUAAGAAAGGUUCCAAACGCAAGGCCCACCUACAAGGGAUUGGAUUCAAGGGCCAGGAUCCACGGGCCACUGCCCUAGAGGUAUAUCCGUAAGAUAACUUUCCAGACAAAGGAUUGCUGCUACCAAAAGUCAUGAAGGUGGAGGAGAAGGCUGGGGUAGGAAAGCUGGACCCCACCAACUACAGGAGUAGAUGUCGGGACCAAGGCUGCCCUUCCAUCCACCUUGGGCUUCCAGUCCCUAGUUACUCUCAAAGAAAAAGUGACCAGAAGGGACAUCUUUCAGGACUGCAAAAAGUCCGCUGGAGCGUGCAGCCAGACAAGCAACAACACGAGCUGACCAGCCCCGGGAGUGAGGUCGGCAGGCAGGACAGCAGCGUGGAUCUUAUCAGCAGGACUCGGUCUCCAGCUGCUGAGCAGCUCCAGGACAUCCUGGGGGAGGAAGAUGAGGCUCCCAACCCCACCCUCUUCACAGAGAUGGACACUCUCCAGCAUGACGGAGACCAGAUGGAGUGGAAGGAGUCAGCCAGGUGGAUAAAGUUUGAAGAAAAGGUAGAGGAAGGAGGUGAACGCUGGAGCAAGCCCCACGUGUCCACGCUGUCCCUGCACAGCCUCUUCGAGCUUCGCACCUGCCUGCAGACGGGGACAGUGCUGCUGGAUUUGGACAGCGGCUCCUUGCCACAGAUCAUAGAUGAUGUCAUUGAGAAGCAGAUCGAGGACGGGCUCCUGCGGCCAGAGCUCCGGGAGAGGGUGAGCUACGUCCUCCUGCGGAAACACCGUCACCAAACCAAGAAGCCCAUCCACCGCUCCCUAGUGGACAUUGGAAAGUCGGUCUCCUCCACCACAAAUCGCAGCCCCGCCCGGAGCCCUGCCACCGGCCCAAGUCUGCACCGCUCCACUGAGGACCUGAGGUUGCGGCAAAGUGCAAAUUACGGACGUCUGUGUCAUGCCCAGAGCAGAAGCAUGAAUGACAUUUCUCACACCCCAAACACAGACCAGCGGAAAAACAAGUUCAUGAAGAAGAUCCCCAAGGACUCGGAGGCCUCCAACGUGCUGGUGGGUGAGGUGGACUUCCUGGACCAGCCAUUCAUCGCCUUCGUGCGUCUCAUCCAGUCCGCCAUGCUGGGAGGGGUGACCGAGGUGCCCGUCCCCACCAGAUUUCUGUUCAUACUGCUAGGACCAUCUGGGAGAGCAAAAUCCUACAAUGAAAUCGGCCGUGCCAUUGCAACCCUCAUGGUAGAUGACCUCUUCAGUGACGUGGCCUACAAAGCCCGCAGCCGGGAGGAUCUGAUCGCUGGGAUCGACGAGUUCCUGGACGAGGUCAUUGUCCUCCCCCCUGGAGAGUGGGACCCAAACAUCCGCAUUGAGCCCCCCAAGAAGGUGCCCUCUGCCGACAAGAGGAAAUCCGUGUUCUCCCUGAUGGAGCUAGGCCAGAUGAACGGCUCUGUGGGAGGAGGCGGCGGCAGCGCAGCUGGAGGAGGCGGCGGUGGCAGCGGUGCUGGUGGUGGAGGGGCAGCCGGAGCAAGUGGCGGGGAUGAUGGAGAGAUGCCAGCUGUGCAUGAAAUUGGGGAGGAGCUUGUCUGGACUGGAAGGUUCUUUGGUGGACUACGUCUGGACAUCAAGAGGAAGCUGCCUUGGUUCCCAAGUGACUUCUACGACGGCUUCCACAUCCAGUCUAUCUCUGCCAUCCUAUUCAUCUACCUCGGCUGUAUCACCAACGCCAUCACCUUCGGUGGCCUUCUAGGGGAUGCCACCGACAACUACCAGGGAGUGAUGGAGAGCUUCCUGGGCACUGCCAUGGCGGGCUCUUUGUUCUGCCUCUUCUCGGGGCAGCCUCUCAUCAUCCUCAGCAGCACGGGGCCCAUCCUCAUCUUCGAGAAGCUCCUCUUCGAUUUCAGCAAAGGCAACGGCCUGGACUACAUGGAGUUCCGCCUCUGGAUUGGCCUGCACUCAGCCAUCCAGUGCCUUAUCCUGGUGGCCACAGAUGCCAGCUUCAUCAUCAAGUAUAUCACCCGCUUCACGGAGGAGGGCUUCUCCACCCUUAUCAGCUUCAUCUUUAUCUACGAUGCCAUCAAGAAGAUGAUCGGUGCCUUCAAGUAUUACCCUAUCAACAUGGACUUCAAGCCUGACUCCAUCACCACCUACAAAUGCGAGUGCGUCGCCCCUGACACAGUGAAUACAACCGCGUUCAAUGCCUCAGCCCCGCUGGCACCAAACACCAACACUUCUCUGUACAACCCCCUUAACCUCACAGCGCUGGACUGGUCCCUGCUGAGCAAGAAGGAGUGUCUGAGCUAUGGUGGGCGCCUACUUGGGAAUUCCUGCCAGUUCAUCCCAGACCUGGCACUCAUGUCCUUCAUUCUGUUCUUUGGGACAUAUUCCAUGACACUAACCUUGAAGAAGUUCAAGUUCAGCCGCUAUUUCCCUACCAAGGUCCGGGCCCUGGUGGCUGACUUUUCCAUUGUUUUCUCCAUCCUGCUGUUCUGUGGAAUUGAUGCCUGUUUUGGCCUGGAAACUCCCAAGCUGCACGUGCCCAGUGUCAUCAAGCCCACACGGCCUGACCGAGGCUGGUUCGUGGCUCCCUUUGGGAAGAACCCGUGGUGGGUGUACCCGGCGAGCAUCCUGCCUGCCCUGCUGGUGACCAUCCUGAUCUUCAUGGACCAGCAGAUCACAGCGGUCAUCGUCAACCGGAAGGAGAACAAGCUGAAGAAGGCUGCUGGCUAUCACCUGGACCUGUUCUGGGUGGGCGUCCUCAUGGCCCUGUGCUCCUUCACCGGGCUGCCCUGGUACGUGGCUGCCACCGUCAUCUCCAUCGCCCACAUCGACAGCCUCAAGAUGGAGACGGAGACCAGCGCCCCUGGGGAGCAGCCUCAGUUCCUGGGGGUCAGGGAACAGAGAGUGACCGGUAUCAUUGUAUUCAUCCUGACGGGCAUCUCCGUCUUCCUGGCUCCCAUCCUGAAGUACAUCCCCAUGCCGGUGCUGUACGGAGUCUUCCUCUACAUGGGCGUGGCCUCCCUGAAUGGCAUCCAGUUCUGGGAGCGCUGCAAGCUCUUCCUGAUGCCGGCCAAGCACCAGCCGGACCACGCCUUCCUGCGGCACGUGCCCCUGCGCCGGAUCCACCUCUUCACGCUCGUGCAGGUCCUCUGCCUGGCCGUGCUCUGGAUCCUCAAGUCCACGGUGGCCGCCAUCAUCUUCCCGGUCAUGAUCCUGGGCCUCAUCAUCGUCCGAAGGCUUCUGGACUUCAUCUUCUCCCAGCACGAUCUGGCCUGGAUUGACAACAUCCUGCCCGAGAAGGAGAAGAAGGAGACAGACAAGAAGAAGAAAAAGAAGGGGGCCCACGAGGACAGUGACGAGGAGGAAAGAGAUCUUCCAGUUGGAGUAACUCACUCUGAUGCUUCCUUCACUGGCUCAGAACUCGAUCGCAGCAUCACCUUGCACUUCAAAAUUUCCUGUCCAGCUUCACCUGCUUUCAACUACUCCCGGAACCCUGUCUUCAUGGUGCCACAGGUGAAGAUAGAGAUGGAGUCAGACUAUGACUUCACAGACGUGGACAAAUAUGGCAGAGAGGCUGACGGUGAGACCACGCUCUAGGAUGACACAGCCGCUCCCAGACCGGGAAGAGUGAGGGCCUGGGUGAAUCCCCCAACUUCUCUGUGCCUGUCUCCCAUGUACCAGAGGGACUCGUACCUGCUAGAAAGCUGGAGGUCGGUCUGUGCAUUCUCCUUAGAGGCAACGCCCCCCCCCCCCCAUUGUAGUUACUAAAAUACCUAAAUGCUGUAUCUUAUUUUAAAAUGAAGUCCAGCAUAGGAGCGACAUUCUUUUGAAAUGAAAAAAUGCUUGUCUCCCAACACUGUAGCUAAGACUAAAGGAGCAGUAGCCCAUUUGUAUUUGAAAUAUCAAUUUUCUAAAAAAGGUUAGAUUUAAAUCUAGAUGGUUUGAAAGAAUUCUUAGAACACUCUUAUGUAUUUGAAAGGUCCUGUCUUUUCUGUCCAUCUCACUGGGUUUUCUAAGUGUGAACCACCUGCAUUGUGGGCCUUGUUCCAGAAACGUGAUGGGUGAUGGAGGCGUUCCCAGAUUGAAAAAACAGUCCCAAAGUCUCUUAGUGGGAGAACCAACACAUCUAAGUGAAUCAGCGUUUUUAAAAUAGAACAGUUCUUAAGAAAUCUCAAAGCACUUGUUGGACCAACAAUGACUCUUUAAAUCCGCAUGACUGGUUUUGCAAACCCGAAGUCAAGUUUCUUUUGGCAUUUGGAUGGGUCCUUGCUACAAAUUUUCAAGGGCUGAUUCUCAAAGUCAAACUUCCAUUCACAUGAACAUCCCACAUUAGGCAAAGCUAAUGUCUUAUUUUAGAAGAUUAUAACUUUGCAACAAUAACCAAACCAGUACUUUAAAAGAAUAAUUAAAUGCAAUUCGGGUAGCCCAAAACCAGUCAUUAUAGAAACAAACUCUUUUCCCACGAAACUUAACAUCAAUCAUUUUAGCUUCAAUCUGUAUUCUAAUGAGCAGCAGGGCAUCUCCAAAACAACUAUGGAUUUGAGUUUUGAGUAAAUCAUUUUGAUCACCGCAUUUAUUCAAGACAACAAAUGCAGGUGCUUUUUGUCUUCAAAGACAGAUGACCCUGGAUCAUGAAUUCCUUGAGUAGCAGAACAGGUGAAUAACCAUCUGUGCAAUCCUCAGAGCCUAGUAGAGUGCUCGGUUCAUAAAGUCCUCUAUGAGUGGUCUUGAAUUCAAUUCAUCUCGGAGCGCCCUCCCGAGGGAUACUGCCAAGAGCCAUGGCUCUAAACCUCCGCCCCUCCGCGAUAGCAGCAGGUUUACUUAGCUGUUCGUGAACCCAGGAACUUCACCCGAGCUUAUGUCUAAAUUCCCUGCCUUCCUCUGCACCAAUCCUGGGAGAGCUAACGAUCUACCCGGAACAUCUGUUGUAGAGCCUGACUGACUUGGAAUAGCAUUUUGUCCAACUGUAGAAAUGUUACGGAUUCAGGAGUAAAUGUGCUUGAUUAAUCAAACAAGCUGUAAAACUACCAUGUUAAUUUGUUGAUGUAAAUUGAUCACUGUAAUUUUUACCUUAAAUGGCAUUUAUAUUUUGUAUAUACACAAACAUUUUAAUUUCCAUAGUUUUUAAGAGGUUGACAUACUGGAAGUCGGUAAUUUUUUUCCACCUGUGAUGUAACUGUCAUUCAAUAAAACUUCGUCCUGUC